AUGGUAAAAACAUACGUCCGCCCACCACCGAUGAUGGCCAAAGGCGAAGGCUCCCACCUCUGGGACAUCGAAAACCGCCGCUACCUCGACUUCACCGCCGGCAUAGCCGUCAACUCGCUCGGCCAUGCUGACCCUGAAAUCUCCAAGCUCCUCUACCAACAAUCACAAACCCUCAUCCACUCCUCGAACCUCUACCACAAUCCGUGGACCGGCGCCCUCUGUCAGCUCCUCAUAGAAAAUACCCUACAAUCUGGCGCAUUUCAGACUGUCUCUCGAGCCUUCAUAUCCAACAGCGGUAGCGAAGCCAAUGAAGCCGCCUUGAAGUUCUGCCGGAAAGUCGGCCGACAACGCACCCCACCUUCCUCCCCCUCGUCCCCCUCAAAACGAUCACAAUUCGUCACAUUCCACAAUUCCUUCCAUGGACGGACGAUGGGCUCCCUCUCCGCCACGCCCAAUCCCAAAUACCAAGCACCCUUCUCUCCGCUCAUCCCCGGCUUCUCUUACCUCCCUUACAACUGCACCACCUCCCUCCUCGAAAAAUCCAUCACAGACAACACCUGCGGCGUUUUGGUAGAACCAAUACAAGGCGAGGGCGGCAUCAAUGUCGCCGAUCCCUCCUUCCUCCGCGCUCUGCGCAAGCGCUGCAACGAGGUCGGCGCCGUUCUUGUCUACGAUGAGAUACAAAGCGGACUUUCCCGCACGGGUGCUCUCUGGGCGCACAAUGCUAUCGCGCCCAACGAUACGACCAUACAGCCAGAUGUCCUCACGACAGCAAAAGCGCUAGGGAACGGCUUCCCCGUCGCCGCUACGCUGGUCUCAGAACCCGUGGCCGAAGCCAUCGUGACAGGCGACCACGGCACCACAUUCGGUGGUAACCCCUUAGCAUGCCGUAUCGCACACCACAUCCUCGGCCGUCUCUCCUCCCCUGAUAUCCAAUCCGCUGUCCUCAAGAAAUCUAUAAUCUUCCAAAAUGGCUUCGAGCGCUUACGACAGCGGUUCCCUGACUUGGUGAAAGAGACAAGAGGAAUGGGAUUGAUACUAGGACUACAACUGUCAAGGGAUCCUACACCUAUCGUGACAGCGGCACGGGAGUUGGGGCUACUGGUCAUCACGGCGGGGACGAAUACGUUGAGAUUCUUGCCGCCGUUGAUCAUUGAGGAGGAGGAGAUCAAGACAGGCUUGGACAUACUGGAGAGGGCGAUUGAGAAGGUAGAGCAGGCUGGUGUGGGUGUGGAGGGGACGAAAGGGCAGCAGGAGAUGGCUCCACCGGGGAGGUAA